AUCGAUCCUCGUCCUACCUUAUACAGCCUACCUUAUUCAAGCGUGACGUAUCGUCGCUAAAAUAUCUAGACGCAACCUCGAGAGCUACAAUACAUGGAUUGUGUUAGAUAACGCCGGAUGACGAUGAUGUGAGUGUGUGCAAAAUAUUGACAGCGGUUCAGUAGCAGUUCAGUAGCCUUUCGCGACGGUCACCGGCUCGUAGCACGAUAUCGACGAUGUCGGGGAUAUUCACGUUGCGUCAGUUAAACGUCGGGAUCUUGUCCAUGUGCAUAAUCGCUCUCGGAUUGUCAUUCUACGCGUUGCUCGUGGAGUUCAAGAAGGAACAUGAUGACUCGUACGAGGCGAUGUGUGACAUCUCCGAGCACAUGAGCUGCACCAAAGCGUUCAUAUCCGAGUAUGGCAAGGGAUUCGGAUUGCUGCCAAAAGAUUCCCUGUUUAAUUUUCCAAAUUCUAUAUAUGGUUUAGCAUGUUAUAUGCUAUUUGCAAUUUUAACUAUGUAUAACAAUUUCGUCUGUUCGGUCGCCCUUAUCGUUCUGGGAAUAUUCUUUAAUAUCUGUUCGAUAUAUUUGGCCUACAUAUUAUAUCUGCUUAAUAAUUUCUGCGUUAUAUGCGUUACCAUGUAUGUUAUAAACCUUGUGAUCACGAUCUUCGCCGUUAAGAAAUUGCAAAAAUUAACCGCGGAAGACGCGCAUAAAAAGAAAUCAUCUUAAAAAAUUUAUAAUUAUAUAUUUCACUAUUGUUAAAAAAAAAUUGUAAUAUUUUUUAUGAGCACUCAGAAAGGUAUUAUAAUUAUUUAUUAUCAUUGUAAUUAUAAUACAUUAUAAUAAUAUGUUCUAUCUGCGCUAUGUAGCGCAAAUAGAAUUACUAGUAGAGUCUUAUUAAAUUUUCUUCUGUUAUUUUAUUAUUCCGUUUUUAUUGUCCUGCAGAGCCAAAAUUAAGAAGACUCUACUGUAUAAAUUUUCUCAGGUAGAUCAAUGUAAACUUUCUAUAUUUCUAUAUGAUAACAAAAGAGAUUGAGGUAUUUUUUUCACUCAUUAUGCACUACAAACAACUCAAUGAAUUUUUGUAUACUUAAUAUACGUAAUGUUUUAAAUAAAAAAUAUAAUAUACAAA